ACAUAGCUAUCUCAAAAAUCGUGGCAUUGUUGUAGCAUGUAUGCUGCAGUACCUAUAUCAUUGCUAAGAUUACAAAGAUUUAAUAAAGACCUAUGUAUAUAUGGGAGACUUGAGGUGGUGGGAAACGGGGUCCAACACACUGCAACAAUCAAGAUGCAUUUUUUUUGUUAAAUCAAAUGUGCAUAUAAAAGAUCAUGAAACUGAAUUUUUUCAUCGUCUUCUCUCACAAGGACUUGGACAUGACAUGAAUGGAUUUCAUUGUACAUUCAGGAUUUUAUUUCAACCACAGGUUUCUUUUCCCAGUCAGGAUUGUCCUAACUUUCAGUCUCACUUCCUAACGUGAAACUUCCACAUGACUGUGGUAACCAAAAUGACGAGAUCUGAAAAUGGGUAUUUCAUAGAAACUAGAAAUAACUGGAUGUAAAAGUGUGGUUUUCAGCUUGUGAAUGAAACAUGGUUACCUCUUUGCAGAUUGCCCUGCUGCUGUUGGAAAAUGGAGCAGACCCCAAUGCUACUGACAAGCUGGACUCUACGCCUCUUCACAGAGCAUCUGCCAAGGGCAACUACCGGCUCAUCCAGCUGCUUCUCAAACAGAGUGCAUCAACAAAUAUUCAGGACUCACAGGGCAACACGCCUCUCCAUCUUGCAUGCGAUGAGGAGCGUGUUGAAGCAGCCAAGUUGCUGGUGGAACAUGGAGCGAGCAUUUACAUUGAGAACAAGGAGGAGAAGACCCCGCUCCAGAUAGCAAAGGGCAGUCUUGGGAACAUACUCCGUCGGAUCGUGGAGGGAUGAUGCUUUGUCUGACCGACGCGUCUUGUUCCAGCUCAAAUCCCCACCACCAACCGCCAAAUUACAUUCUAAGAUUUCCCAUCCCGCUCAGUCCUCCUUAAGCGGUCCGUGUGGAAGAUGAGAUGAUGGACUCAGAUGGUGCUUUGAGACUGCACAGAUCUUAUUUGUUGUCUGAGCACAGGUUUUCAAACCCCACAGGCUAUUUUCUAUUAAAUUUGAAUUGUAAUGUAAAACAUGAAGUUCAACCUGUUAAUAAAUGUGUUGUUCAUGAA